UCGAGCGAUUAGUAAGGACUGGCUCCUUUUAACAGUGGCGAAACAUCCAUGAGAGAGAGAAGAAAUUACAUCGAUGUUCCUGAUAAUGGUUAUCACCUAUUAAUGAACGGAAAACGUUUGAACCCUCACUUAAAGUUGUGAUUUAAAGAAUCCGAGGGUUUUUGAAGCAGUUGCAGGUGUUUGCGCUGUAGCCACGCCCACCCCGGAAGAUCCCAAAAAGGGUGUUUUUAUUUUUUAAGGUGACGUGGAUUCGCUGUUUGCCGCUGCUGCUUUCGACCUUUUGGCUGUUUCAUCGCGUUAAAGCAAAGACUGGAUAUAUUCAAUCACCAGCAAUGGUCAGAUAUGACAUUACACAUACGCGCGUGCUGUUGACUGGAUUUUGAAAAGAAAGAGGCGAUUCUGAGGAAUCCGAGGAAGCAUCUGAAACAGGUGUCAUGGCAGCAAGACUGGAACAUUCAGGCCUGCGUGUCGCUGGUCGAUCCCUGAGGCUCUGUGUGCUGGUUCUGUGCCUGCUGCCUCACUUUGGCUGGACAGUCAGUUACAAGCAAGGCGAUCCGGUGACCCUGUACGUUAACAAAGUUGGUCCAUAUCACAACCCUCAGGAAACCUAUCACUAUUACACUCUGCCAGUCUGCAGACCUAAAGAGGUCCAUCAUAAAGCCUUGAGCCUGGGAGAGGUGUUGGAUGGAGACCGUAUGGCUGAGUCUCUUUACAACAUCCGCUUCAAGGAAAACACAGAGCGACUGCCGCUAUGCACACUCACUCUUUCUGAGAAAGAGGUGGAUCAGUUGCGAGAAGCUGUUGAGGAGCUGUAUUACUUUGAGUUUGUCCUUGAUGAAAUUCCCAUCUGGGGUUUUGUGGGAUACAUGGAAGAGAGUGGAUUCCUGCCUCACAGCCACAAGGUGGGAUUGUGGACACACUUGGACUUCAAUAUAGAGUACAACGGAGACUCCGUGAUCUUCGCCAAUGUGUCUGUGAAGGAUGUGAAGCCGGAGCCAUUAGAGGAAGGAGGGGCAGGCCAUGGUGCUGGUGUCGGCAGUGGCGGUCUGUCCAUCACACACACCUACAGUGUUCGCUGGUUUGAGAGUACGUUGCCCCAUUCACGCAGAGCAGAGCGCCUCAGAGACUAUUCCUUUUUUCCCAAGACUCUGGAAAUUCACUGGCUGUCCAUCAUUAACUCUCUUGUGCUGGUGGUGCUACUGCUGGGCUUCGUCAUCAUCAUCCUCAUGAGAGUGCUGAAGAAUGACUUUGCCAGGUAUAAUGUGGAGGAAGAUGGUGGUUGUGACGAUCUGGAUCAGGGCGAUAACGGAUGGAAAAUCAUCCACACAGACGUCUUUCGUUUCCCGCCAUAUAAGAGCCUCCUGUGUGCUGUAUUAGGCGUCGGGGCGCAGUUUCUAACUCUGGCCACAGGAAUCAUUGUCAUGGCACUGCUGGGGAUGUUCAAUGUCCAUCGUCAUGGUGCCAUAAACUCUGCAGCGAUUGUAUUGUACGCUCUGACCAGCUGUGUGUCAGGUUACUGUUCCUGCAGCUUCUACACACAGAUCCAGGGACAGCGCUGGGUCUGGAACAUUAUCCUCACCUCUGCGCUAUUCUCUGCCCCCCUCUUCUUCACCUGGAGUGUGGUGAACUCCGUUCACUGGUGGAGCGGAUCGACCCAGGCCCUGCCGGCCACCACCGUGCUUCUACUGCUUGGCGCCUGGGUACUGGUGGGCUUCCCCCUCACCGUCAUUGGUGGGAUUGUUGGAAAGAACAGAGCUGGCAACUUCCAGGCGCCGUGUCGCACUCGUAACAUAGCUCGCCAGAUCCCCCAGCAGCCCUGGUACAAACACACAGCUGUGCACAUGGCCAUCGGCGGCUUCCUGCCUUUCAGUGCCAUCUCAGUAGAACUGUACUACAUCUUUGCCACUGCGUGGGGUCGUGAACACUACACACUCUACGGCAUCCUGUUGUGCGUGUUUGCCAUCCUGCUCUCGGUGGGCGCCUGCAUCUCUGUGGCCCUCACCUACUUCCUGCUCUCAGGCGAGGACUACCGCUGGUGGUGGAGAAGUGUUCUUAGCACCGGCUCCACUGGCAUCUUUAUAUUCCUUUACUCUCUCUUCUACUACCACAAUCGCUCCAACAUGAGCGGCCUUGUACAGAGCGUCGAAUUCUUCGGAUAUUCUUUGCUCACUGCGUUUGUUUUCUCGCUCAUGCUGGGAACAGUCUCCUUCUGGGCAUCUCUGGCUUUUAUUCGUUACAUCUACCGUAGCCUUAAGAUGGACUGAGGGCCGUAUGCUCUAAAAAUCCCCCAAUCCCCCUUGAAACGGGGAAAGAGACUUAUGGAGCAGUUCCUCAUGGAUCCCUGCAUGAGCAGGUUUUGUGUUGCUGAAGUAUAAUAAACUAUCAAUGCCAAUCUUAAAAGGAAUAGGGAACAGACAGAGCGACGGACUAAAGACUAAUUUAAUAUCCCAUUUUGCUCACCAACAACCUGAUACUUAAAAUUCACAUAGAUAUAUAGUAGCUAGAUUAUCUGCACAUCAAAUACAGAAGUAUUUGAGAGUCAGCUGGAUUGUUUGUGCUGCUGAAAGCGUCAGAUUUUCAUACUUCAAAAUGUUGCUUACCAUGUAUCAAAGACUUGAAAGUUGUAAAGUCUGUUUUGGAUUUUGUUAAUGUAGUGACUACAAUGAUUAUAUGUCAGUUUCAAGACAUAAGGGGACAAGAAUAAGAGGCCUUCGUACUUUGUUUCAGAAGACCAUUGAGAAGAUAAAGCGCUUAUGUGUACUGUAGGUGAGUUUACUUGAUGAUUAAAGGGGGAUGUGUGGUUAUAUGGAAGGAUAUUAUCAUCUUUGAGGAAAAGAAACGUGCCAUAUUGUGUACAUGGUGCAAUAUGCGCUUUGGGUUUAAGGAAGGUUUAACACAAGCAAGCUGAAGAAAUGAAGAAUAGAUUAUGGAAGCAAUACCAUUGUCUGAAGUCGCCAUCAACUGUGAUCUGCUGAAAUGUAAAUAUACUAUGUUUUCAAUAAAGUCACUUUUAUUACAGUAAGAGAAAUAAAUGUGGGUGAAAUGCUA